AUGUCUCAACUCGAAGCAUUUAUCAGGGCUCUCUCGCGCCUUCUUGGAUGGAUCUAUACAUUCUGUUGGUCUGCAUCCUUUUAUCCCCAGCCUAUUGACAAUUACCGCCGAAAAGCGACCACCGGACUGGCUAUCGAUUUCCCCACGAUCAAUGUCCUCGGCUUCGUCUGCUAUGCCGUCUAUACAGGGACAUUCUUGUACUCUCCUGUAAUUCGUCAUCAGUACGCCGCUCGACAUCCUUUGGCGCCGGAACCAACUGUGCGGUUUAAUGAUUUUGCCUUUGCCCUGCAUGCCGUCGUCCUGAGCGGGUUGGUCUACUCACAGUUCUGGCCCAGUAUCUGGGGCUUCAGAGUAUCCCGCUUUCAGAGGGUCAGUAAGCCCAUCGCAGGGCUGUUUUGGGGCGCUUUUGUCGCCGUUGCUAUGGUUAUAUGCGUUAUCUUAGUCAAGAGUCCAGACGAUGGCUACGAACCGUUAAGCUGGGCUUGGAUCGACGUCAUUUACACUCUUUCGUAUGUGAAGCUUGUAAUCACGGUUGUCAAGUACGUGCCGCAAGCGUGGGUCAAUCAUAAGCGAAAAUCCACACGUGGCUGGAAUAUUGUCCAGAUUUUGCUCGAUUUCACUGGGGGCGUGCUUUCGCUAGCUCAGCUAAUUCUCGACUCUGCUUUUCAGGAUGACUGGAGUGGUGUCACCGGUAAUCCUAUCAAGUUCCUCCUGUCGAAUGUCAGCAUCUUUUUCGAUCUGCUUUUCAUGGUGCAACAUUAUAUUCUCUACCGAGAUGCUGAAAACAAGGACAAGAACAAUGGCCCAAGCAUGUACAGCCCCUUGUUAUCGGGAGGUCUUCCAACAAGUGCAUGA